AUAAAAGCCAUGAAUGCCGAUCCUUUUAAGCUUCUACCUCCGGAUGAAUCAAGAAAGGAAGAAUUACUUGAUGUUGUGAAAGAGGAGGGAAAAAAUUAUCCAAAAACAUUAAUCUCUAGCGUGAUUGGAAGGAAGAACGAUAGAGACAUUCGUUAA